UGUAUGAUAACUCAAAACUACCGCGGUUAUACAAUUCAUGUCAUUCGGCUAUAAGUCUUCAACAAAGUAGCAGUAACUGUGACGAGUGACAUUUAAUACUUAUUAACUCGUUAAUUUCCACCGCACAAUCGGUUCAUUUUUCUCGAAAUUUUGUUCACGCAUCAUCCGUUCAUAUCAGUUCUGAUAAAUAAAAUAAUAAUGAGCAAAAAAGAAGAGGAAAUUAUUUUUCCCUUAAAACCAGCUGGUCCACCGAAAGUGUGGAAAAUUAUCGAAACUAAAAAGAAAGACACAGGUGCUCCGAUAAAAUUCUCUAUUCAACAAAUACCAGAAGACAGAUACGAGGAUGUAAUUGAUCAUAUGUGUAAAUAUUUCAUCGCGGACGAGCCUAUAUCUAAUUCUUUGAAUGGAAUAAACGAUCCUGAAUACGUGGAAACUUUUAAAAAUUUUUGGAAUAAAUUUUUGAAACAAGGUUUAUCAGUGGUUGCGUUCACGGAAAAUGUGAAUGGCGGUAAACCUAUAAUCGCGGGAUGCAACAUGCUUGGAUUGAGUUUCAAGGGGGAGGAAUUCGAUUAUAACGCGAUUAAAUCGGAAAAUGGGCAGAAAGUAGUCAAAGCUAUUGUCGAGUUGAGCAAAAAGGCAAAUGUGUUUGAGAAAUAUGGGGUGGAUAAAUAUAUGACCGCCUUUGGCCUUUCGGUGAAUCCAUCCUACAGAGGAGCCGCUCUAGGCGGUCAUCUUCUCAAUGCCAGAGUGGAUAUUGGCCGUGAAUACAACAUUUCAGUAACAUCCACAGCGUUCACCUCACCGAUCUCUCAGAAACUAGCCGCACGAUGUGGAUUCGAAACUUUGAUUGAGAAAGAUUACGUAGAUAUGGUGGAUGAAGAAGGAAAUCAAUUGUUUCCAGAAGUCAAAGUGAAAUCUUUAAAAGUGAUGAGCAGGAAGCUUUUUUAAUGUGAACAAUAUUAUAAAUCGAAUUAUAAAUAUUUAAUGUUGUUUAUUAAUUUUAAAAGUAAUAUUACGUUCUUUUAAUUUUUUUAUUAUAUACAUAUCUUUGAUAAUUUUAUUUUUUCAAAAAUGGUAAUCAAU